GCUGCCGCAUCACCGCAGUCGACGGUCUCCUCCGCCAUUCCAAGCGAACAAUCGGGUUUCGUGUCGAGUGGUCGGCAUUACCGGUAAAUUAUCAAGGUUGGAGCGCGUUUCUUGGAUUUUGUGCCGUACGUGGAUAAAGGAUCAUCCCUGGAUUAACCUGUGAAUGUGGUACCGAAUGGGAUUACACAAGCGCGGGUGAGAGGUUCGCCGCGUUGUCGCCAUGGAUGGCGAAGCCAAAAUGCGAGGCCCCCGUUCACGGCGCCGAGAGCGGGCAGCCAGGAUGCAAAAGCAGGCAUUGCGCUGCCAAAGUGGUGACGACGGCGAUGAAUCUCCAGGUCGGGCGAAACCUCAGAGGCCUCCAAAUAGGAAGAAAAGGAAUAAAGAGCCCAUCUUCGAAGAGGACGUGAUCGACGGAUUUGCAAUUCUCAGCUUUCGGACGUACGACGAUUUGGAGAGCACGAUGAAACGGCAGGAACCCGAGACGCGGCCGUCUUCGCCGGAACCCGUCCUCAACAACAGGAUCAACUGCAACGACAAGAACUCACCUGAAUCGCCAACGCCUAGGAAAAACAAGAACAAUAGGGGAUGUCUAGGAAAGGUGCGGAAAGGAUCUCGAGUGUCGAGUGAACAAAGCUUUCCCGAAGUGCCUCCGGUCAACCGGACGCCACGGAGCACUUCGAGGGACCGACUCAGCGACGGCAGCACUAGGUCAAGCUCUGGAAGGGGUUAUAUGUGUGACAGUGAAAGCGAGAGCGAACGGGCGUCCGACGCAGGCUCGGAUCUUUUCUCUGGCCCACAACACAAUCCAAGGCGGCCGCCGAGCCUAAAGACGACCAGCAGUCCGGCUGCUCAGUGCGUGACCAACGCAUGCUCUAGUCCAAGCAGCAGAGGGCCCCCAUCACCCGUGGCAAAUGGGCCCUCGUGGCCCCUGGAGCCACAGGCCCCCGCCGCCGUGGCCCUGACAGCCACGUCCAGCGCGCCCCCGAUCACGACGAGCGCGCCAUCUUCCCCUUCGGCCAGUGCCGCCGCCCUCGUGGUGAGCGGCUCGCAGCGCCCGGAGCCGCGGAGGCCCACCCCGGACCCCCCGCAGGUGCCUCCGCCCAGCACGCAGCCGAGCAUAGUCUCGGAGCUGCUCUCCCAGCCCCCAUUUCUACCGACGGACGCUCUAAACGGCAGCAAUUCAAACUGUUCCAUAGCGAGGGACUUUAGUCGGACUCAACCUAUUUCCAGUAGUAGUGCAGACUUUGGUCGGACUCCAAUAUCCUCCGCUGGUGCGGACAGCAAUCGAACUCCAAUCCCCAGCAGUGCCCCCGUGGUGACUACAAGCAGCGGAGUGUCACUGCGCAACGGCAGUUUGUUCACAAACAGUUCGUCACCGUCUCCCCUGCUCGCCAGCCACCUGGUGCACACGACCAACUGUGGUAGCGCGGGCAGUUCCGUGUCCAAGCCCGUCACCCCGGCCGCGGGGGCCCCGGCGCCGGCGCCGCUCUUCCCCUUCUCCCUGAGCAGGGCGUCUCCUCCGCAGGGGUACCUGGCCACGUCUUCGUCGCAGACGACGCAGCCGACCACUCCGACGCCGAGCCUCGGGAGUUCGCAUUCCAACAGCAGCCUCUCGAGCCUCAGCCAGCUGAGCCAGUCGCUGCAGGUGAAAGAAGGCGGGCGGAGCAGCUCCAGGAACAACACGCCCGCGUUGGGUUCCUUGGGCACAGCGACUACGCCAUGCUGUGCUGCUGCCAGUUUUCCUGGGGGCACCACCAAUAGUCUUACGAGCUUGGUGUUUUCCAAGCCCUGGGUCAGCCCCAGUGCCAACAGCUACGUUGCCAGUGCCAACGGUCCCCACCUUACCCCUCCUGUCCAUCAUAGGCCUACUCCACCACCACCUCUUCCCACCUCCCUACCUAGCAACCACCCUUUCUCCUCCCAUCCGCAGCUUCAUCCAAUGUUUGCUCCUCCCCCCAUGCCUCCUCCAGCACCAUCCUUGGCCUCACCAAACAUUGGUCUUUCCUCUGGGCCUGCAGGAUUCGUUGCGGAGACGCCACUUUUACCAAGCAAGUAUCACUUUCGUGACCGGGACCUGUUACGAGAACUAGAUACGCGGUUUCUUGCUUCGCAAGAUAGGUCUAUAAAUAUUCCUCCUCCGCCCUACAUGCGGACAGAACUUCAUCAGCAUCAUCAUCAACAUCAGCACAUGCAUCAGCACAGUCCAUUCCUUCCUCCCUCUCUCGGAGGUUCCUUAGUUCCCCCUGGGGCCCAGCACAUAUACGACAAAUUCCAUCCGAAGCUGGACUCACCUUUCUACCCCAGAAACGCGCUGGGCCUACCAGGCUAUACCGGUCUUUCUCCAUUGCUAAAUCCUGGAGUGUCCAACGCAACCCCGUUUGUUGCUCCCGGGCACUUAGCUGCAUUUCAGCCAAAGAUGAAUCCACUUGUAAAGAACAAGACAAUGAAAUCCGGUCGUUGGUGCGCGAUGCAUGUACGAAUUGCUUGGGAGAUAUAUAAUCACCAACAAAAGCAGCAGGUGGACGGACACAAGCCAGGUGGCAUGGGUGGUGUGGCACCCCCUACUCUUCCUGGCAAGAACGACCUCCUGCGGCCACCAAACCACCUUUAUUCUUCUCUACCGAGGCCCCACGAUCUUAGUCCCUUCCCGUCGGCGCUUCUCGGUGCAGCAGGAGCAUCCAGUCACACAAGGCCUCACUUUGAUACAUCACCCCAUGGCAACUUUCUCACUCCUAACCCCAGUCAUAUAGGAAUGACAAGGUUGCCUUCCACAUCGAGCAGUUCCCUGAACCGCACCGCAUCAUCCCGGGUGCUGCCCCCUGGCAUGUCGCCUUUCGCACGGCCUGGUUACCCUGGCUUUGGUGUGGCAUCUGCAAAUUCUUACGGCAGUCUCGGAGGCCUUGCAGGCCUGUCAGGAGGCGGCCUCUUUCCUAGUCGCGACCUGGGCGCCCUGGCAGGAGCAAGCGUGGGGCAGGACCCGUGGAGCCGACUCCACAGGUCGUCCUCGUUUCCAGGACCAAUGGGGGUACAGGGUGCCGCACCCCCCGAACGCACCUCCGGCAGUGCGUGGGGAGGUCUGAAGGCGGAGGCCGAGAGGGAACGACUGGAUCACGAGAAUGAGAAGCAGAGGAAGCUGGCAGAGGAGAAGGAGAGGAAAGAACGGGAAGCAGCCCUGGAGAAGGCCAAGGAAUUGGAAAGGGAAAAGAAAGCUCACGAAGAACGACAGCGAGAAAGAGACCGAGAGAACCGUUUACACAUGCACCACUUGUCGGACGGCCUUAUGCGGAACGGAGACUACUACGACGGCAGGAACCCCAUCCGAGAGCCGCACAGGGAGUGGAGUCAACCGAGGGAGAGGCCCCGGUCCCCCAUGCGGCUGUCUCGGGACCCCAAGACCGAGAACACCUUCGACGGCAGUCUACCCCCAUCGAAACCGGAGGUCAGGGUAAAAGAAGAGAGGCGGGACGAGGACAGCCACUGCGCUCCCCUGCCUCGCGAUCCGCCAAAGAAGAGCCUGGAGCACAUGCCCAGGUCCGAGAACGAGCUCCGCAACCUGCAGUCGCUGGACCGCGCGGGUGGGGCCGCUCACCUCUUGGGCUCCGUGGGGGGCCUCCCCCCCAACAUGGCUGCGGACCGCGCGUUCUGGGGCGCCCCGCUCGCGGCACCUCCCGGGGUGGCCGGGGUCCCCGGCGACCCCUACCGGCUCCUGGACCUCCACUCGGUCAGGGACCUGGAGCAGAGGUACCGGCUCCUCGGUCCCAUGAUGCCCCUGCACGAUCGCUUCCGCGAGGGCCCGUCGGAGCUGGAGCGCCUGGCGCUGGAGCGGGAGCUGCAGUCCAAGCUGGCGCCGCCCCCUCUCCGUCCGGCGGACCCGAGCAGCUUCGCGGCGCAGGCGCUCUUUAACCCCCUCCCUCCGCCGAACUCGUACCUCAACAGUUUGACGGGGCUGGCUGCGCGCAACAAGAACGGGUCCCCGGCGGCGGCGGCGACCCCCGGGGGCGGCGUGCCCCCUCCUCUCAUCCCCUGCAGCAGCGGGGCGGCCAACCACAGUCGGCUGACCCCUCCCGUGCACCACAAGAUCAGCUCUCUCGUGGAGCACAAUGACACUGGCGUGCUCUAUGCCAAAGACCGGAGGGAGCUGAGCAACCACAAGUCCGCGGCGGAUGCCCAGAUGAGAUAGCUGCAAUGCCUCGGUGAUGUGCAAGUGUGCGUGCGUGUGUGUGCGACUGUGUGCCUGUAAGAUAUAGGACAGCAUAAUCCGUGAGAGGUGUUCAUAAAAAACGUGUGUUGUGUUGUUCAUAUGUACAUAGUCAUUUUUCUGUAUAUAUGUAAGAACCUCGAGGUGUGUGCGUGUGAUGUGUUCGGACUUCCUCCUCCCCCCGCUCCCCCGAAAUUUGUGAUAAACGAAAACGAUGCAAUCCGUACUUUUUUUUUUUCCAGCUUUUUUGUUAUACGUUCUUUUAAAGAAUAUUUAUUGCCAGGAAAUAGCAAUGUUGUCACGUGACUUCCCCCCCCUCCUUGCUGGCAUUUUGAGACGAUUGGGCUUGUACACAUGUACAUAAUUAAUUCCCCCCCGGUCCUUUUGGCACAGACGUGUACAUAUAUAUUUAUAUUUAAGACUGACCGAAGCAGCUUCACUCUAGGGGUCAAGUUUUUUGUUCAUUGCAUUAGUGAUAUGUACAGCUAGUUUUUUACAGAGCCUUCCGUCGCAAGCUGCCAAAACACGUCUAACUUAACACAAUCGGGUGGUCUGUUAGUAAAGUCGCUAUUUAUAAUGUAAAUCUACCAUUCAGGGACAUUGCAAAGCCUGCAGUCAGUCAUGCCAGUAAAAAAAAAAAAAAAAAAAAGGAAACGUAUGCUCUGUACGAAGUGGUGUGUGAAGAGUUAUUUAUAAGAUCGCGCGAGCAGAUAUCUUUUUGUAUAGUGGAGAAAUUUUGUCGCUCCCAUUGAUUUUAAGUUUUUCUACGAGUCCUCGGAGCCACUGGUGUGAAACACUGCAGCAGGUGUUUUUGAAUUAGUGUAUAGCUGAGAAUAAAUGCCAUCGGGGAGUGGAUGCUCUCUACUGUUGGGAAAAGAA